CUAACUGUCGACCGGUGGCCACGAAUGGCUCCGUUCAACAACGGUUCUGGUAGCAUCGGCUAACAAGUCCUACCCGUUCACCAGCCCGACAUUACCGAAGAAUUUAUUUGUUUUGACAGACGUGGCGGGCUUUUCUUUCUUAGUUAGAAGCGCAAAGCAAAAACUUCUGGAUGAAGGUUUCCCGCUGGGACCGUGAAGCCAGAGGAGAAGUUGGAGGAGGAGGGCAAACGGCGGAGGGGUCGUCCUGUCCAGUCAGGGUAUCUGAUCCGGGAUCUGUUCGGCUGGUUAGUCAGACAGACGGCGGCUUCACUGAGGCUGAACUGACGGAUUCACCGCGGUAAACUUUUUCUUUCCUCGCCGCGGAUGAUUUCAGUUAAAACACGGAGAGGCUGGAAUUAAUUUAAAGUAGUUUUGACAUCGGAUUAUUUUUUUUUCACUGUAAAGACUUUAAACUCUGGAGGUAUUCACUCUUAUUACGGACAUUUGUGAUUCAAGUAGAACUUCUUGUAACUUUUUCACAACAAACAGUUCGGUUUUCCAUCACAAAAUGGAUAAAUACGAGGAUUUGGGACUCGAAGCGAGUAAGUUUAUCGAAGAUUUAAACAUGUAUGAAGCAUCCAGAGAUGGCUUGUUUCGAAUGAGGAGGGAUGCGGAAAAUAACCCGGAUUUUGAAGAGACUAGAAGGGUUUUUACCUCCAAAAUGACCAAAAUACACAUGCAGAAACAGCAAGAGGAGAUGGCAAAAAGCAACCAGGUCAUUAAAAUAAACGGAGGUCACCACGGCGGCGCUCUUCACACCAAGGACAGACCGCCCAUCAACAGCUUUAGACAGCCUGGGGAAACUGCAGCGAAGCCCCCGAUACUCUCGGGCCCGGUGUCAAGCACGGCACCGGUGAACCAAUGUGUUCAGUCUGAACCACCAGCCAGCAAGGCGUAUGGCUACGGAAGCAAUUAUGAUAACAAGGAGCGCUUAGAGCCACUUUCCUCCCAUCACAAUUCCUUUUCCAUGCCAAUUUGUGGAAGUACACCUACAAAUGCUCUGCACCCCAUAGCCCCAUCCAGAGAGGGCAAGCUUCCCCCCACUGUCUCAGGGAGCAGUACAUCCCAGCAUCAGCCUCAGCGCCUGCAAGCACCUUCCAUUGCCAGUCCAUCACAAGCUAUCAGCCAGAGUUCACUGUGCUCUGCUGGGACAGCCUGGGCUUGGACCGGAGAUCCCAUUGGUCCUGCAAAAUCAGACGGCAUCCUUCCCUUGCCUCUGAGCACCUUUGCAGGUGAAGCUGAUCUCCAUCUGCAGCAGCCUUCGAAUCAUUACAUGCCAUCUUCAAACCCCUCUGUCAACCAUAACGGUUCUGCGGCUGCUUUGUUUGUUCCUGAAACCCCUCAACUUAAAGCACAGGUGACCCCUGCCACCCCGAGUGCGUCUAAAAGUCAUCCUCCAGCUUGGAGCCAAAUGCCUGCCGGCGUACAUGUCAACAGUGAUGGUCCUGUAGGGCUGUGUUCCCCUAAGCCUAUCCAAAUACCUCCUCCUCCUCAGCUCACACAGCCGCUGGAGCAGGGACCCUCUGCUGCUGAAAUCAAACUAGAGGCACUCACUAAACAACUGGAAAAAGAGAUGGAUGCCCAGCCAAGAUCUGACUACUUUGGAGUUUGCGUGAAGUGUAACAAGGCGGUUUAUGGAGCUAACCAGGCCUGUCAGGCUAUGGGUAACCUCUACCACGACACCUGCUUCACCUGCAGUGCCUGUAGUCGACGGCUAAGAGGGAAGGCUUUCUACUAUGUUGGAGGGAAGGUUUUCUGUGAAGAGGACUUCCUGUACUCUGGUUUCCAGCAGUCUGCUGAUAAGUGUAACGCAUGUGGACAUCUGAUCAUGGACAUGAUCCUGCAGGCACUGGGGAAGUCGUACCACCCCGGCUGUUUCCGCUGUGUGAUCUGUAACGAGAGCCUUGAUGGAGUACCCUUCACUGUGGACACUGAAAAUAAGAUCUACUGUGUCAAAGACUACCACAGGGUCCUAGCUCCUAAAUGUGCAGCCUGUAACCAGCCAAUCCUUCCCUCAGUGGGGUCUGAUGAAACCAUUCGUGUCGUAUCCAUGGACAGAGACUACCAUGUAGAAUGCUACCACUGUGAGGACUGCAAGAUGGAGCUGAACGACGAAGAGGGUCAUCGCUGUUACCCCCUGAACGGCCACCUCCUCUGCCACUCCUGCCACCUGAAGCACAUCCAACCUGGCUCUCCUCCUCCUGUCGCUGCCUCCACAUACUAACAGCUCUGUGGGUGGAGGGCGACACCUGUUGGAUCCGAAGAGGAACUACCAAGCUUGGAAGCAGGAGCGGACCUGUUCAAUUCUUGUUGUAGAGGAUUGAUUGGUUUAUUAUGUCACUCGCUUGUGUAGUGUUGUAUUUGGAGGGGAGUAUUGAUGAAGUUGCGUUCAUGCAGGAUGUCAUGUGGGUAAUAAACUGUAAUAAAGCAUUAAGCAGAGACAGCUUGCAGAAGUGUUACCAUGAAAUUCUUUUUCAAGGAAUAUCAGUUGCUUUUCUUCUUUGUGAAUAUUUUCUGAUCUACUAAUUUUUUAUUUGGAGUACCUUCAAGUUCACAUUUGUGCCUCUAUAGCUUCUUCUAGAAAGCUCUUAGUUUACUUUAGAUGCAAGAGUUCUCCUUUUUCAGGUUUUAUAACCCAGAUUGUGUGAAGUCAUUCAUGGAUUCUGUCAAAGUUUACUGACAAUUAUAAUUUUAAUCGGGGCGGAAGCACAGUUUCAAAAAAUCUAUCUAAAGUUACAUUUUUAAUAGGUUCUAUUGUUCUUUUUUUUUUUUUUUUUUUUGUCUCUUCACCGGUUUUCUUACAUUUUUGCUUAGCAGAACAAUUGCUUCAGUUUCUAGAUAUAAUAUAAUAAUGAUAUGCAAAUCAAUAGACUUUUAAACACAAUUGACAACGUCUAAGGGCUUCCUAAUCCACAUCAGUACAGAUAUUUUUCCUUCUGUUAACUUUAAGAAAUGAAAAGUUUUGAAAAGAACCCGCCUCACUGUUGGAAGUAUUCAUUGCUUUUCUUGGGUUUUCUAUAUAUGUUGGCUGAUCUUGGUAUUUAUUUUUUUAAGGUAAACAUGUAUUUUUGGCCUGUUUUUCCCUUUUUACUUUGAGACAAUAGCUUGAUUAUGUAAAACAAAGAGAAAAUAUGUUGAGUUUAUGCACAGCCUAUGGCCUAAUCCUGCACAUGCUAAUUGGGUUUGCAGAGUGAACAGUUUUGGUCUUCAUAUUUUGACUUUUCUAAUCUAAUACUUUUGCUGCUUGUCUUUCAAAAACUUGAUGCCUAAAAACCAGCUGUUGGAAAAGAUGAAGAGCAAGCAGAUACAUGGAGCUGUGUGAUAUUUGUAAAGAUAUUUAAUAAAUUUUAAUAGACUUGUA